UUUUAGUCGCCGUCAAGGCGUUGGCUUAACAAUAAAUUCAGUUGCCACAACAAUAAAUCGAUGCCAGUUUAAAUUAAAACAAAGCUUAUAACUGAUUUUUUAGCCGCCACUUUCUACUAAAAAUUACUCUUCACCGUUGCUGCCAACCUAUUAUUUUUGCUACCUGCUUUCAUUAUUUUUACAUCCCUAAAUCCAAUUAAUUUGUCGCCUCGUUAAAUACAUGCCUUUCUUUAUUUCCACCUAAUUACAAAACGUGGUCUAAUAAAAAAGUAUAACCUGAGAUCCGACUACGUGAAAAGUUGUCAUUGGAAAAUACGAAAUAUCAUGUAGUACAAUGCCAGAUUUUGAGCCCGUACAGGCUACGGUUAAGCUUCAAGGCAGUGGACGUUCCUUCCGUAAGGUUAUACCCUUCUGGUGGUUGAACAUAAAUCUCUUCCUUAAGCUUACCAUUCAGGAAGGCCGUGCAGUCAUCUAAUUCGACCAGGUGCAGUUUUCCUGUGCACUAACACUGAGUAGUGCUCCAACGAUAGCCAAGCGCGCUACAGGACUAAGUCUGAUCAUAGUCUACUCCUUUCCUUUGUCUAUACCCUUUUACAAGUCGAGCUUUGUACUUGUCGAUCUGUUUGUCGCUUGAUCCGUAGGAUCCAUUUACAAGAUAUUUAAGCUCGCUAUCCAUCGCUUUUUGCCAUUCUACGCGAUCGUCCCUUUUCAUGGCGUCUGCAAAAUUAUUUGGGAAUGUCUCGGUGACAUAAACAUAAUCUCUCAGCUUCUCGGGGUGUCGUAUCAGCGAACGGUCUCUGAGCUUAUAGCCUGAUGGUGUUGGUUCAGAGUUAUAAAAUUCUUCUGGAUCUGCCGUUUCUGUAUCAUGGUCAUGGUGUUCAAUGAGGACUUGACGCCAUUUAGACACCAUUUUUUAUUGACAUUCUAAAUUUAAGUCAGUUUAUGGCUGUUGAAUAUCUAUGACACUUAUUUACAAAAAGGAGGUUCUGUAACAGGUAGACGCGUCUUCCAGGCGACUGGCGGCCUUGGCCACCACCAUGUUGUUGGUUUUCAGUAGCAAAGUGCUUGGUAGAGCUUUCCAUUUCUGGCGGGUCUGCAAUCAGAAUCCCUAAAAACUGGCGGCGACCUCAAGGUGUUCCUCGAACUCGGCACAAAAUGGAUAUUAGGUCAUUAUUUUUGUAUUAUUUUGUUGGCAGUAUGAUAUGCUCAACUCCAGUGAGUAAAGUCUUCAAGUUAAAGACGUAAAUGUCGACUUAAAUUACCAAAAUGCUCAGCUGAGGCCGAGUCGAGUGUACAUCUUACAAUACGGGAGGAUAAUGUAAGAUGUGAAUUGGAAUUGAAACAAGUUUUUGUGUUUGUAAACAUUUCACUGUAGCGAUCGUAACAGAGUGCGCUUCACCGUUAUAGCGUGCUCAUUUUAAGCUCCAAUUUGACGAAUGAGCUACCAGGAACUGUAAUAAUAACCUGUAUACCAUGACCUGGAUACGACGUCACAAACUUAGCUUUUUCUUCAAACAUAGGAUCAUCCACGCGAACGUUAGGUGUACCAUUCGCCACCAGUAAUGCAUGAAGUACGUCAGGCUAAUUCAGAUCAUUGCAUGACAGAGUAUCUUACGAAUGUAGGUAACCGAGAUUGCGAACUAGCUUACGUAACAUAAGCUCACAAGUAUAUUCUCAAUUGGCGCAGUCAGACACAGUUCACCAAGCUUAGCAAGAAAUGUGAUGAGCCUGGCGAUCGAUAGCCAAUUGUGUUAGUGAAAAAAAACAACAAGCAGAUAAGCAACAAAAAAAAAACAAGUAGAUAAAUGCAUUUCCAGAAUAUGGUCCGAAAAAAUCAACCGCUGCAAGUUGAAUAUAUUGCUAGACACCACAAAUUUUGGAUUUUUUAAAUGUUUAUUGCCAGUGAUCUACAACAGAUUCCUGGUAUACCUACACAUUCAAGCUGUAAUUGAACGAGUGUUCAAAGUAGCAACAAGAUGCUGUAUGCGAGCUGACGUUAUUGUGGUCAACAUGUUGCGCGGUAUAGACAUAUUAUUAAUGAUUUUUGUUGUAUACGAUGCCGGCAGUGCGUAUAAAAUAUUAGUGGUGUUCCCGAUACCUGGAAUGAGCCAUGCGAUACUUGGAGAAGGAUAUGUUAAGCCUCUAUUAGAAGCUGGACAUGAGGUAACAUACAUCACGCCUAUUCCAACAAAAAAUGCGACAGGGAACCUUCGAGAAAUCAUUGUAUCGUCAAAUUUUAACAUCAUGCAAACAGAACAAGUACUAAAUAUAGAAAAAAUAUUAUACAAAAAAAUUGAUUUACACGAUUUAUCAGGAAUUAUGUAUUUAGCGAUUAUGCUUGCCAACAACACUGGUUUAGACGGGAAUGUACAACGAUUACUGCAUGACCCUAAAGAGAAGUUCGACGUAGUCAUCGUGGAAUGGUUUCUAUCUGAGGUUUUAUGUGGCUUUGCAUCUGUCUUUAACUGUCCAUUGAUUUGGGCGUCUUCCAUGGAGCCGCACUGGAUGGCACUGUCAAUUAUCGAUGAUUACCUCAAUCCCACUUACACGGCAGAUAUAUUCUCCAGUAACAUUCCGCCAUACACAUUUGCUCAACGUAUUGUAGCUCUGUGGUCACACCUCAAGAAUGCGUACAAAAAAUGGUCCGUAAGUGGCGUGGAAAGCGAAAUAUAUCAGAAUAUAUUUAGUUCAGCUGGGGCCGAGAGAGGGCGUACGCUGCCACCUUUCAGCGAAGCCAAAUACAAUGGGUCUCUAAUGUUUGGUAACUCACAUGUGUCCUCCGGCCAAUCUUUACGAUUGCCACAAAAUUACAAACCAAUUGCUGGUUAUCACAUAGACCCCGAAAUCAAGCCACUGCAGAAGGAUUUAAAAGAAGUUAUGGAUGUUGCCACUCAUGGCGUUAUAUACUUCAGUAUGGGAUCCUUGCUAAAAAGCACUCAAAUACCGGAUACAAUUAUAAGAGGUAUUGUGGAUGUGUUUGCUGGAUUGAAGCAAACGGUAAUUUGGAAAUACGAAGAGAAGUUACACAACAUUCCAAAGAAUUUACAAGUACUGCAGUGGGCACCACAGCAAACCAUAUUAGCGCAUCCUAAUUGCGUUUUAUUUAUAACGCAUGGAGGACUUCUAUCGACGACGGAAGCUAUACACUUUGGAGUGCCUAUCAUUGGCGUACCAAUGUUUGGCGACCAGUUCAUUAACGUCGACAGAGCAGUGAACAAAGGGUUUGCGAAGAGGGUCGAUCUCGAUUUCGAAACCCCUGUCAAUUUGAAGACAGCCAUUGAGGACAUUCUCCAGAAUCCUAGGUAUAAAGAAAAAGUAAAAACGUUGUCAUUUGUCCAUCAUCACCGCCCGAUCCAUCCUAAGGCGGAGAUCCUACACUGGGUGGAGCACGUGGUGCGCACGCGCGGUGCCCCACAUCUUCGCUCGCCUGCGCUGCACGUACCUUGGUACCAGAAGGUGUAUCUGGAUCUGGCCGCUCUUAUGAUGGCACUUCUACUUCUUAUAUAUUUUGUUGCAAUAACAUUAUACACAUCUUUACGACAAGAACAUGUUUGCCAGCAUAAAAAGUUAAACUAAGUACCUAAUUGUAAUUUUGAGUAACAAUAACA